AAUUCCCCAAAUCGAGACCCAAAUAAAUACACGUCGUUUUGUUCUAACCCUAGCGCUUACUCCGCUUGUUCUUUGUCGCCGCCGAAUCGGUUCGGAAAUUAACCAUCGGCUGCUCCACCUUACGUUUUGAAGCAUUUCAGAUUUUGAAGAAUGAGGGGAAGGAGUUAUAGUCCUUCACCACCAAGGGGUUAUGGUAGAAGAGGAAGGAGCCCAAGCCCUAGGGGUCGAUAUGGUGGUCGUGCCAGAGAUGCUCCUACAAGUCUCUUAGUUCGCAACCUUCGUCAUGAUUGUAGGCCAGAAGACCUCAGGAGGCCAUUUGGACAAUUUGGACCCAUUAAAGAUACCUACUUGCCGAGGGAUUAUUACACUGGUGAACCGCGAGGCUUUGGCUUUGUCCAAUAUGUGGAUCCUGCUGAUGCUGGCGAAGCUAAAUAUCAGAUGGAUGGGCAGGUGUUUCAAGGCAGGCAAUUGACAGUUGUAUUUGCUGAGGAGAACAGGAAAAAACCAAUGGAAAUGAGAGCCAGGGAGCGAGUAGGAAGGGGUCGUCACUCUGAUCGAAGGCGUUCUCCUGUGCGUUAUUCACGUUCCCCUCAAUAUUCUCGAUCUCCACCCUCUCGCUAUGCAAGGUCUCGUUCUCGAAGUCGUGAUUAUUAUUCACCUCCUCCGAAGAGAAGACAGUCCUCAAGAUCUAUCUCACCCCAAGAGAGGAGGUACAGUCGUGAGAGGUCAUACUCCCGUUCUCCAGCAAGGGAACGUUCUCCUCCACCCUAUGAUGGCCCAAGGAGUCGCAGCAGGAGCCCUGUCAGGGAGCUUUCUCCACCAUACAAUGGGUCAAGGAGCCGCAGCAGAAGUCCAGUUAGGGGUCAAAGCCGGGGCAGGAGCCCGAGCCGUAGUAGAAGCAGGAGCGCUGAUCCUGUGGAUUACCGAAGGGACCUUGAUAGGGAUGGUUCUCCCUAUCACUGAUUCCGAUGGGGUGCUUCUUUGUCAUAGAUAUGCUGUUUUAAUGUUAGUACCAGAUCUAAGUUUGCUUUAGCGUCUAACUGGAUUUGAAGAUGUGUGCUGAUUUUUAAACGUAUUUAGAUACUUGUGGUUUUGCCCUUGGUAUUCUCGGAUUAUGUAUUCAAGUGAAUUGAACGUAGAGGCAUAAUGGUCAUCUUCCCCUCAGUCUUACCUGGUAAGAAUGAGAGGCAAAUUCGCUUGAAUAUUCUUGGACGUAUUUAGAUACUUGUGGUUUUGCCCUUGGUAUUCUUGGAUUGUAUAUUGAAGUGAAUUGAACGUUUAGGCA